AUUCAGACCGAUGCGGGGAACCCGUGUCUCGAGGGGCUACAAGCAGAUUACGAACAAGCAUCUCGUGCGCGAGACUUCACUUUACUUCAACCUGCACACGCACCGUCUCGCAAAAGGAUGGGAAAAAUGGCUGAUGCCAAUUCUGCUCAGUCGACCCUCUCGCCGGAUAGCUGGGAUACUCAUGUCCAUGUAUUCGAUGCGUCGAUAGGGCCCUUUGCGCCUGGAAGAUCGUACACGCCAGCGCAGGCUACGGCUGCACAGUUGUUCAAAUUCAGUUCAAGCCUGAGCCAGGCACAACCUUCCAACGUUGUAAUCGUCCAGCCUUCUCCGUACGGAACUGAUAAUUCGGUCCUCCUGCGUUCAAUGGAGACCUUGCGUGAGGGUGGCAGUCGCAUCGUCCGAGGCAUCGCCGUGGUGGAUAUCGAGCAUACGUCUGACGCGAACCUCCAAGAGCUGCAUGAUCAUGGUGUUCGCGGGUUGAGGAUAAACAAGCAGGCGGAUGGGAAGUCCACAGAUCUCGAGGCUUUUCGAGAGACUAUUUUGCAAACUGCUGCAAGGAUUCAACACCUUCCGGGCUGGAAGGUUCAGCUCUUUUGCGCUCCUGCUAUGUGGGAAGAUCUGUACGAGACGAUAGUCUCCCUUCCAGUUCAAGUAAUUGCAGACCACGUUGGCGGCAUGCGAGCUCUAUCCAAAUUGCAGCUCAACGCUGAAGCAAGCGGCCUAGACGAUCCCACGAAACAACCCGGCUUCGAGGCUCUGGUAAGACUUGCAAGAGCCUCAAAGGUCAUUAUCAAGUUGUCGGGAUUCUACCGACUCUCCGAGAUGGUCAAAUCUGGUUGCGAGGACAUGGAGCCGAUUGUCAAGGCUCUCGUUGAGGCGGUACCGCAGCGCUUGGUUUGGGGCAGCGACUGGCCUCAUACUGGGGAGGGUAAAGAUCGCCUUAAUCGAGGUGUGGACGCGGUGGAGAAUUUUAGAGAGAUAAACGACGCCCUCAUUGUCUGCAAUUUGAGAAGCUGGGUUAAGAAUGAGGAGGUUUGGACGGAUUUGAUGGUUCAGAAUCCUGCGAGAUUCUACAGCUGAGCAGCGUUAAGCGGUCGUUCCUGAUCUUACUGAUGAUGUUUUAGAACGGUCUUCUUACUGCCUUAUCAAGUAGUACCCAACUCGCAAUAGAAAUAUUUAUUAACCAG